UCAGGGACGUAUGGGCAGGACCAGUGCUGAGCAGACUCUAGACACCUGGUGUCUGGCACCUGAUGAUUUAGUACCUGGGGUUUGGCGGGGCUGGGGGUGGGUGGGUUGGGCAAGGGGAGAGGUGGCGGCUUUUCACAGCAGGAGGCAGCAGUGGCAUGAGUGGGAAUGGGUUGUGUGGUGGCACCCUCUCGUCUUCCCAAGCCCCUUGCCGUCUUGUCUGGAGUGAAGGUAGACAGCUCAGGGUUGGAGGCACCUGUCUGUGUCCCCAUCCUGCCCAGGCUGCAUGGGCCCUCUCUCCUUUGAAGCCAGCCUGUUACCUCUUUGAGCUUCACUUUCCUCCUCACGAAGCCUCACACAUGCAGAAAAUGCUUAGUGUGCAUGUGUGUUUGUGUCAGAGGGGGGUGGUAGGGAGCCCCCCACCCCCGACUCUGCCUCAGAGCUGGCAGUCUAGUUUCAGACUCUGGGCUGGGAAGGGGCCAAGGUUUUCCCACACAGACUGGGAGUGGCUGGGGCCCAUCUGGCCAUAUCAGCCCUUUUUUCAGCCCCAAGGGCCAAUUAGUCCCCUCACCCCCCACCCCCCAGACCCAGGCAGCUCUCGGAGGGUAGAUGUGAGGGGCAGAAUCCCCAACAGGCUCUGGAAGGAAGGGGGGUGGGCCAAAGGGCAGCUGCUGCCUGAAUCUCACCUCAGGGUAGCAACCUGGGGCACCAUGGCUGCCCAGGCUCACUCCCUUGGAGCCUCCCAUCCUCCCCUGUGGGAAUUUCUAGCCUCAACUGGGUGUUUGCCUGGAGCUGGCAUAGGGGGCCUCUGUGCGGGUGAGGGUGGAUGCCGGCAGACCCCUGCCCCCCUGGGUGCUUGUGACGGCCCCUGUGAACCCCCUAUGGCCAGUAGCUCUCUAGUCUAUUGCAGCUGGCAGCCCCUUCAUGAACAAGGGCCUCAGUGUACCCAGGUGUGAAACAGAUGUCUUCCUCUCCUGUAGGGAGUAGAGGCAGCUCUGGCUAAGAGUCUAGCCUGCCUGCCCGCGAGGAUGACGGGAGGGGCCACACACUGUGGGCACUGCCCUACUUUAGCCCCAGUUGCCAGGGAACCACUGGGUUCCUGCUAGCCUGGAUUUCGCUAUUGAUGGGUGGCCUUUGUCUUCCUGCCUCGAUGUGGCUGGCACUGAGGGAGGCCCGUGUCCAGCUGUGUCUCCAGGCAACCCCAGCCCCUGGAGGCUGCAGAAAGGUGUGUGGGCCCUAGAGCUGCUGGCUGGGAAGCAGGCACUGCCCGAGCCCUGCCCUGAGUGGGCACCGACUUCCCAACUCCAGCUUGUAAUCCUGCCUUGCCUCACUUGGCAGGCUGCCCAGCGAGCCUUGUGAGAUGCAGAUGGCACCCAGUUUCCCCUCCCCUGCUGCAGGUUCCCUGCAGGCUCUGAGGGUGUAUAGGCCCUUAGAUUGCAGCUGGGCUGGGCGUAACUCCUCCCUCCCAGAGCCUCACCACAGCAGGUUGGGUGCUUCCUGUGUACCAGACCCCUUGGCAAGCAUGGCACUGUGAACUUGAGAGGCUCACUCACGGACUACUUGCCACUUCCCCUGCCACUGCUUACACAAGGGGAGACCGAGGCACAGUGAAUGAGAGCAGGCAGGCUGGCUGAGCGGUCACUGCGCGGGCCCUCUGCCAGGUGUUUCCCAGUGCUCUGCUUGGGGUCACCACCACAAAGCCAUCGGGGAGCCAGGUGGACUGACUUCCCCGAGUUGGCCUGGGCCUCAGACCCACAUUCUUCACCCUUCCCGCCCAUCCACAUAUCUGGGAAACUGAGCAGCUGAGUGGCCACGUAGGGGGCAGUGGAGAGACUGGGUCUGGUCGGGACACCUAGGCUGCAGGUGGGGCCACCGCGGAGGUGGGUGGGGGCACAGCCUGGGAGACUUUGGGCCUGUGACCCCACCAGCCUCGGCUCUGGGAAAGGGGAAGCUGCCAGCCAGGGCGGUGGCACCACUUCUUCCUCUUUCUUGGGGCCUCCAGGGCUGCACCUCCCUGGGGCUCCACCCUCAGCCUCUGAGCCCCCAGGGCCCUGAGCUAGGCUUUGCUGGCUGGCUUUCUGCCGGGGAACUUUCGGUUCUGAUUGUUGGGGGCAGUUCUGGAAGGUGAGGUGGUGUGAGGAAGCCCCCACUUCAGCGCCCCACCCCAUGCAGGAGGAGGCUGCGGCGAGGUGAGCCAGCAGACGCCCUGCCUGGCUCGCUGUGUGGUGGGGGCCGGCCAUAAACAAGUGCCUGCACACAAACACUCAUUACAAACACUAAUUAUACGGCCGGGCAGGAACGCCGGGGAGAGGGGCGCCGGAAAUCACACCACCUGCUUCAGGCUCCUGCACCUCGUUGAAGCCUCGUGACAGCCUUGAGCUGGGAGAUAAACACCCCCAUCCUGUGAUGAGGAAACCGAGACCCCAUAGGCCAUUGGUGCUGACAGGGACAGGCCCCAGGCAGGCUUGGAGAGGCCUAUGGCCUAACUUCCUUCUCUGCUUGGCUUGUUCUCCCCCGUAGUGGGGGUGGAGAGCUUCCCCUCUGCCUGAAUGUGGGGGCAGGAGAGGAGGCUCCCAGCCUGCUGGUGUUGCCCCCCCUCAGGGUCCUUCUCUAGGAUGCCCUCUGGAGGUGGUGGCACUGGCCGCUGGUUACAGAUUAGAAGAGCACAGGAGGGAGAACAGAGCCCCUCUCUGGAAUUGCGAUGCCAGGGACCAAUCUUAGGACCUCACACUUGAGAGCCAGACGCUUUACCCAUAGCACCACCCUCUGCUCUUUCCGUCGAGGCUUUAGAGCUCAGGGCUGAUGACCUGGUGGGGAGGGGUGGUGCAAAGAGGUUUGUACAGGGCUCUGACUGGACAGGCCUGUCUGGAGAUCCGUCUGGGCUGAGUGUGGGGGUCCAGGAGCCUCUGUGAGCAGAGACGGGGGCAGCCAGACUGCAGUAAGUAGGGGUUGGGGUAAGUAGAAGACACAUAAUUAGCAGGCUUCUCCGAGGCAGGCAGCGAGUGUCUGAAUGAGCUGAGCAGCCUCUCCAGUGCUGAGUUUGGGUGUUUGGGCCCCUUUACUCUUCCUCCCGGAAGUCUGAGCUCACUGCUCCCUGACUGUCUGCAGAGGAAUAGCUACAUGGCAACCCCCGCACCUCCAUCUUCUGCAAACUCAUGGAGUUGGUGCAACAACCACAUCAAUGGCUACAAUAACAAGGCCAACAAAAAUGGGGAAAAUGGUCUCCAGGAGCAGUGGAUUCAUAAUGCAGGCGCUGAGCCCCAACGAUACCCCUGGAGGCAGAAAAAAAAAACCUGCCGCUUGCCAUGGAUUCACAGUGCCAUUCCAGCACCAAACCCCAGCAAUAACCCUGGUGGCAGAACAAAUAAAUAAGCCAGUGGCCACUGGGCCUGACUGAGGAUGAAGCCUAGUCCUGAGCAGCUCUGGCCCCUGUCCUGCCUCCUUGUGCUGCUGCCUUCCUCUCUGGCUACUCCAACACUGGCUUCUUGGCUGUGCCCACCUGGGGAGGAGCCUGAGCUGGACCCUGGAUUUGUGUCUCCCUUGCCCCUCCCCACCCACCCUAUACAGCAUUCGGCGCAGGACACCUUCUGCAGGCCCUGCCCCCCGGGCACCUUCUCCAUCUCAUGGGGUUCCAGCCCUUGCCAGCCCCACUCCCGCUGCAACCCUCGAGGGAGGCUGGAGGCCCAGGCAGGCACAGCUACUCGAGACGCACUCUGCGGAGACUGCCGGCCUGGGUGGUUUGCCACUCCAGAAGCCCCCCAAGCUCCCUGCCGGCCUCCGGCCACCCAUGACCUCUAUGGAGGACAGCGGACCCGCCGUGGCGUGGAGGUGGCAGCAGCGGCCGGCAGCAGUGAGAAGACACAGCAGCUGGGGAAUGGCACCCAGGCGGGCAGCACUGAGGAGAGGGCCGCCCAGUAUGCCGUCAUCGCCAUCGUGCCCGUCUUCUGCCUCAUGGGGCUGCUGGGCAUCCUGGUGUGUAACCUGCUCAAGCGGAAGGGCUACCACUGCACUGCUCACAAGGAGGUGGGGCCUGGCCCUGGAGGAGAUGGCAAUGGGAUCAACCCAGCCUACCUGGCUGAGGACACCAAUGAGGACACCAUUGGGGUCUUGGUGCGCUUGAUCACAGAGAAGAAAGAGAACGCAGCCGCCCUGGAGGAGCUGUUGAAGGAGUAUCACAGCAGGCAGCUGGCGCAGACAAGCCACAGGCCUGUGCCCAGGCUGCCACUAGGCUCCCCCAGGGCACCGCACACCUGUCCUCAUGGCCACCACCUCCACACAGUGCAGGGCCUGGCGUCUCUCUCUGGUCCCUGCUGCUCCCGUUGUAGCCAGAAGAAGUGGCCCGAGGUGCUGUUGUCCCCCGAGGCCGCAGCUGCCACCAGCCCCACUCCUAGACUCCUCACCAACCCUGGCAGGGCUCCCAAGGCUGUGCCCAAGGCAGGCCGUCAGGGCGAGAUCACCAUCCUGUCUGUGGGCAGGUUUCGAGUGGCCCGCAUUCCCGAGCAGCGGACAAGUUCAGCAGUGUCUGAGGUGAAGACCAUCACAGAAGCUGGGCCUGUAGGGGGCAGUCUCCCUGACUCCCCACAGCCUGGCCUCCCCACAGAGCAGCGGGCACUGCUGGGAGGCAGGGGAAGCCACACGAAGUGGCUGAAGCCCCCAGCAGAGGAUAAGACUGAGGAGAACCACUAUGUGAUCCGGCUGAGCGAGAGCAACCUGGUCAUCUGAGGGACUGUCUUGGCUGAGGACAUGGUAGCCCUGCCUUGGGAGGUCCCGAAGGCUUCCUGGAGGAGGUGGAGUUGCAGCUGAGCCUGUGAGGGCCAAAAAGCAAUGGCCCAGCAGACAAAAGGGCGACAGCCAAAGCCUGCCCCGGGGAAGCGGCAGUAGGCUGGGGAUGCCCAGUGCAGGAGCAGGUAGAGAGCCCCUUCCUACCCCGCCCCCAGCUCCUUCCCUGCAGGAUGCCCUGCCCUAGCCCCGCCCCAGCCAGAUUCUGGAGUCCCACGAUCACUGCACCGCAGGGCUAGGCCUGGACGGCAGGGAGGAGCCCUUUGUUACCACCCUGGCCCUGUGCCUUGAUUCCUGGCCAGGAGCAAAUGUGCCUGCUCCCCCGGCCCCUCUUUUCCAGCAGGUCCUGGGAAGGGAAGGGCAUUGCAGAGUCAGGGCUGGGAGGUUUGAGUCUCUGGGUUCAAUUCCUGGGUUAGUCCCUGGGCAUCUCUGGGUCCCUGUUUUCCUGUCUGAAGCUGAGAGGAAAGGACGGCUCUUUGCAGGUUCUGGUGGGGCUGUGUGGGGGCAGAGCUUGACUUCCUGCCACCCCUCCCAUUAGUAGCUUUAUCCAGCCCCAGUUGUGCUGCUUUGAGACUGCACCAUCGGGGUCCUGUGAACUGCCCACCCACGGCUUUGCCCGCAGGAGGGGCUUAGCGCAUGUGCCCACCUCCCCGCACCGCUGUUUUCAUUGAAACUGAAGAGCAGGCUUGACCCAGGAAGCUCCGACAGUCCAGCCUGCCCGGCCACCCUGAACACCUGGGAGCUUCCUAGGGAGAUGGGCACGUUACUGUAGAGGCACUCCAGCCAAGGGGUUGUCCGUGCUUGUGUGUCAGUGUGUCCACCCCUGGCCUGGGCAGUGCAGGCAGCUGCCCGGUCCGGCCCCCGACUCCACUGCAGCUCAGCGACCUGGUUAUUUACGUAGGGCCAUGCAGGCGUGGCCCCAGAUGCACCCCCUUGCUCUUAUUUAUUGAAGCUUUGCUGUUGUCCUACUUGCGUCUCCACUAUCUAUUUGUUGAAUAAUAAAAGGCAGAACACGGUG